CGCGCUCGGCUCCACCCUCCUCCUCCUCCUCCUCCGUGUCUCCAGACUUGUAGUUUGAAACUUUUCACGCACUCGAUGGUUUCCACUCGCUCCACGAUGACCGGAGUGUGCAGAGCUUCCGUGGCCGCCGCUGCCCUCGCCCUGUGCGGCGUGUUUCUGAGCACAGAGGCGCAGACUCCGGAUCCAGCUCCGUCUCCUUGUGCCUCGAGAUCUAACAGCAGCUGUGCGGACUGUCUGCAGAAUGUCACAUGUUUGUGGUGUGGACCAACCCAACAAUGCCUCGACUACCCAGUGAGGAACAUCCUGCCCCCCAGCAGCGUGUGUCCUUUGACUGAUGCACGAUGGGGGGUCUGCUGGGUAAACUUCCAGGUUUUGAUCAUCACCAUGUCGGUGCUGGCCGGCAUCCUCAUCAUCGCCGUCCUCGUUUGCUGCUGCUGCUGCUGCAAAUGUGAAAGAGUCGGAAGCAAGAGAGAAGAUGCAAAGGUGGAGCGACAAACCCGGGCGAGGAAUGCUCGUCAGAAAGCCCGGAGAACAGAGAUGCAGUUGAGACACGAUGAAAUCAGGCAGAAAUAUGGUCUGGCAAAGGAUAAUCCAUACUGCCGAAUGGACGACCGCUAGAAGAAUUACAGCGAUGAUUCCUGUUUUUAAAUCCUUUAAGUUGAUCUUAUUGAUGCCAGUAACAUUGAGAUUCAGCAUAAAAGUAGCAUAUGAUCAACUGUGAUUGUGCAGAUUGAUUUCAGUGAUGUCACCAAAACGUUCUGAAGUUCGCCUAAUGUUUCUUUUUUUUUACACGUCGUUUUCUGCUAAUAAUAUUUCUCCUGUUUUCAUGUUGAUGUGAAUGAUUGUGUGAAAAUCUGUUCACUUAACUUGCUUCUCUCUCCAGUAAACUACAUGUGUACAUAUGAUCCUCCAUCACAAGCAAACUUAAUUUGCAUAAAAUGCAGUGUUAUGAAUUUCUACAGCUCCAGAGCUGAUCGAUGCUUAAGGUGCUUUUUAAAUAGCAGCAUUUUACUGAUUGUCGUUCAUUUUAGAAGUUAGUCAUCACUUAUUUUUAUAUUAAACGUUCAUUUGUAACAUGCAACAAAUUUUACAUGUUUUUUAAUUUUUAUUUUAUCAGUUGAUAAAUACCAGAAUAUGAUUGAGAGCUUAAAUGUGUGUCCUUGAUUUACAUGUGAAGCAUUUGAUUCUUGUGCAGCUGUUGAAAACAAAAUGUGACCAUACAUUUAAAAAUUAAAUGAACAAA